GUCGGAUGUAAAUAAAGUGCGAAAAGGUGUACCCAAAAAAUUGUUUAAAACCUUGUGUUGCAAAAACUAAUGAAAAUAAUAGCCGAAUGUUGAUUUUUUUGUGAAUAUGCCAAGAACAUAUAAAAGAAGACCUGAUGCCAGACGGUAUGGGAGCAGUUCGCUGCAAAACUUAGAUGCAGCACUGGCAGAAAUAAAAAGUGGAAGAAUUAGCAUUUGUAGUGCCGCUGAAAAGUAUGGGAUUGACAAAAUGAAACUAUCUCACCUCAUUAAUGGCAAACAUCAGAAGAAGCCAGGUGGACAGACUGUUUUGUCAAAUGAAGAGGAAACUGCUCUAGUUCAGAAUCUGCUGACAGCCAGUCAGUGGGGUUUCCCUCUGACUGAAUAUGAUAUACGAUUGUUGGUUAAAAGUUACUUAAAUAGGCAAGGAAAGAAGGUAAAACCCUUUCACAACAAUUUACCAGGCAAAGAUUGGAUGAAGUCCUUUCUGAAGCAUCACAAGUGUGCUCUUUCUGUGAGACUUGCCAAUAACAUUAAACACUGUCGUGCAGAAGUGUCUCCAGAAGUCAUUAACAAAUAUUUCGACAAUGUGGAAGUAACACUUCAAGGAAUUGACCCAAAAUCAAUUAUAAACUAAGAUGAAACCAAUCUAUGUGACGAUCCUGGAAGAAAACAUGUUGUAGUAAAAAGAGGCUGUAAAUAUCCUGAUUUAAUACUUCAUUCGUCAAAGGCUUCUACUUCAAUCAUGAUGGCUUGUACUGGAGAUGGUUCACUUCUUCCUCCAUUUGUGAUUUAUCGCUCACUUAACCUCUGGGACAGUUGGACUAGUGGUGGUCCUAAAGGAACUCGUUAUGGACAUACAAAGUCAGGGUGGAUGGAUCAGAAGACUUUCGAGGAAUGGUUUCUUUCUACGGCACUCCCUUACCUCAUGAAACAGGACGCUCCCCGAGCAUUAAUAGGUGACAACUUGUCGUCUCACUUAUCUCAGUUAGUGAUAAGCAAAUGCAUAGAGGAAGACAUAAAAUUCAUUUGCCUUCCAAAAAAUUCUACUCAUAUGUGUCAACCACUUGACAUUUCUUUUUUUGCCCCAUUCAAACGAUACUGGAGACAAAUUCUUACCGAGUGGAAAAUGAAAGGAAAUAAAGGCUCAUUGCCAAAAGAUCAGUUUCCAGUAAUGCUGAAUAAACUGAUGGAAAAAAUUAAAGAUUCAGCACCAGCAACUAUAAAAUCUGGUUUUGAAAAAUGUGGUUUGAUUCCACUGAACCGUCAAAAGGUUUUGGCACAGCUCCCUACUCCUAGUGAUACAAGUUCCAUUAAUCAUGCAAUGGAAGGAUCCCUUUCAGAACUGCUGAAAUCACUAAGAUAUGGUGAAAAUGGUACAUUUUCAAGAAGGAAAAGGAAACUGAAUAUACCACCAGGUAAAAGUGCGACUAAUAUUGAGUCUGAGGCGUCAGAUUCAGGUGCUGCAGACAAUGUGAACAACUUGUCUGGUUUGGAAGAUAAUGUAAGUAUCAGUUCAAGUCUGGAAUGUCCCAAUGUAAAUCAUCACCAGCUGGAAGAAUCAUCUAGACAGAAGGAACAGCAACAGAAAAAACAUGUGUCAUAUGAUGAAAUACAAGAAAGUGAUUACCUCAUCAUUGAACUCUCUUGUAAUGAUGGUUCCAAAAAAAGCAACAAAGUAACUAAACAUUUUGUUGGGAAAGUUAUGUGUAUUUCUGGGAAUUCAACAGGUGCAUCUAGAAGUGUAGAAGUAAAAUUUUUAUGCAGGUACAAAAACAGUGAAGACACGUUUGUGUGGCCCCAAGUUGAAGACGUGAGUUUCAUAUAUCCACAUAAAGUGAGGUGUCUAUUGCCACAACCUGAAGAAUUGAGAUAUGGAUUGUUAAGAUUUCCAUUGAAAAUAUAAUUCUGUUAAGCACAAUAAUUAAUGUAACCACAUAUUAGGAAUGCCCAAUUGUCUUUUUUUGCUCUCACAAUUUGUAUGUAAUAUAAAUUUAAAUUUUUACAAUAGUUUGUUAUUAUGGCCCUUGUUUUGCUUGUUUUAAUAAUUAUUAUAUAAGUAUGAUUCAUUUAUUAAAAAAAUGUAUUGUAUCAUUUCACCCCUACCCCACCAACUGGGGUGAAAUGAUACACAUUUUGCACUAUAUAUAUCAGCACUGAUAUAUUAUGUGAACUCUAAGUUACUAUUAUUCAAGUAGGGACUAAGACUAAACUUCUGGCAUAAAAAAAAGUAGGGAUUUAAAAACACCAUAUUAAUGCAAUUUUGCACUGAAGUCUAAAAGUGUAUCAAGUCACCCCGUUUGACGGUAUGGCCAGUCUCUUAUUUUUAGGCAACAGAUUUUGGUUUCCUAUCUGUUGCUGUUCUGCUGUCAAAAUUGUAUGCAUACACAGAGCUCACAUUGUAGUUGAUUUCAUCCAGAUGGCUGAAUCGUAACUGGCACCAUUAACUCGUAUAUAGUCAUUUUUAUUCUCAUCGGGGGACGUAUCAAGUGUGUUGAUCUGUCAAAUAAAACUUUAUGAUAGAUAAACUGCACUGUUCUGGGGUCAAAUUCAAACCCAGGAGAAGCAAGUACUUGUGCUAGAAAACAGACUGGCCUUUAAGCUAAAUUGGAGAAACAGGGCCCCUAGGUUGUUAAACUGAUUAAAAACAGAAACCAAGAUUUUAAAUGAAGACAGUAAGCAUAUAAUUUUAUUAUUUUCAAUUUAUGAAAUAUUAUUAUUACAACCAUAAAUAGUUACAAACAGCAUGGGAAAAUGUGUAAACAACAUGUAAAUGUCUUAAAUACAAUAAUAAUAAAUUUUAACUUGAAAAUCACAGCCAAUAUUCAAAAAAAUUGUUGCUGUCUGUGUUGUCUCAAGAUGAGGCUACUUCAGUGUUAUGCCCGCAAGCUCCUAGGCUUCUUGGCCACAUGGCUGAAGACAGAAAUUAAAUGAAAACAGGAUAGAUGGUAACACAGUAUGGGUUUAUUACAUAACAGCCCCUCGUACAUGGUGCUGCCACAUCACCCAGCCCAUUAUAUUGCAGUGCCGAACCAUGUCCCUGUGCCUUGAUAGAACCUGAUCAUGUCCAUUAUGACUGAUAUGUGAAGUUAUAAGUUCAACGAUGCCGCGGAGUAAAGGCUCGCCCAUGGUGGUGCGUGGUUACAGAAUAAUUUGCACAUCAAGUUCAUGACAGAAUACACAAUGAACACUUUAGGAUGGCACAACACAAUUAUCUAAUUAAAAACACUAAAAGAACAUACGCACCAAAGAAUGUGCUCGGAAAUCGGACGUCUGCUAGGUCUCGCGAAGAAUAGAGUUCAGCUCGUUUGCAUAUGAAUCGACACAGUGACGAUGUUGCAUAGGAUACUAAGCGUAUCGUUGGUUAGGCAUGGGCAAAGGCUUAUACAUUUACGUUCCUCACGUGGAGACGCGGUCUAUAGCAAAAGUCCUACGAAAAGAAUUAACACAAAUUACAUCAUGUUAGGAAAGCAUAUGCACUUUUCGUCUGUGGAUGACCCAAUGCAGGCGGAAGUGAAACAGUUCACAAAUGCAGCUUUCUGCCAGAGGAUGGGCUUGCAUGUGGCCCAUCUACUACAAGGGUAGAAAAGCUAAAACUUGCGUAUGUGCGGUUGUGAAAGAAAGAUUUAUGAUAAGCGCCAAGCUAUUUAAAGCUGCAUUGAGGUGAGGAUGGCCACGGAAAAAGACUAGACAACUUAUGCUAUGGUUGAGAAAGGUGGAGGAUCCCGUGAAGCGCGCGAUGCAUCCGUCCUCUGAGCCGGCGAAGCGACGACUGGUGUUCUUCCAGCAACUCCUUCCUAAGUUGAGUCAAUGACUCAUCAGAGCAUUCUGAAAAGUUAAAUGGUCAGGAGUGGGGUUUUCAGUGGCAGAGAGGAGGGAAUAACGAUCAAAGUAGAGUGUCAGACAGCUAUAAGACUCUUGUAGGUUUUUCGUCGCCUUGGUUUGUUACAAUUUUAAAUCUCCAUUAAAUAUAUAUAUAUAUAUAUUUUUUUUGUUUUAUCAUUCAAUUGAGUUAUUGAAGUGUGAAGUUUUACUUCAAAUACACGUGGCAUUGGAAGUCUGGCCGUGAAGAGCGCUCUCAUCAGCACAUUUAGAGUCCUCUAGGCAUGCUUGGUGUUCUGAGUGCAAACUGGCACAGUAGUGAGAAGCUACUGAAUACCUAUCACAAGGCUUACAUGUUGAGAGAACUGCCUAGGAAACUAUUGAGUGUAAUGAGUCCACGGUAGCUGAGUGGCCAGAUCACUUGCCUUUCAUUACCAAGACAAUCCGGGUUUUAUUCCAGACAGAUCAUUAACAAAAUUUCACUGGCGUAAAGUGAGGCGAUGGAUGUUGCAGUGAAUGAGUUAUUUUGUGUAGGGGUUUUACUGCUCUCUACAUCAAUUCCUUCUUUGUUAUUCAAGAGCGUUGAAUGUUAUUAACAGUGAUUCUGCAGCAACCAACACAAUUUAACCAAAAGCAAUACGUUAAUUGUAGGAUAUCAAAGUACUUGUAUUGCUUAUUUUAAAAGGUGCCAAUGAAACCAGUAAAUUAUAUUUAUUGUUCUUAAUUCUCACAUUUAUACAUGUCAUUAUUUCAGACAGGCAGGUCUCUGAACAGCACAAUUACAAAAUACCACACACAGCAAAAUAACCUUGUACAGCAGAAAAAUAAAAGCUAAAGAGGUCAAAAAAAAUCUUGCAUAAGUUUAAUGAUCAUGCUGGAUUUCAGUGAAAUACUAAACAAAUACACUGUUUUAGAAUAGUAAAUUAGGAAUUCAGAGAAAACUGAUUCUUAUGAAGCUGCACAUGGUGAGAAAAAUGUUGUGGGGUGUAUAGAAUUAUGAAACUAAAAAAUAUAUUUAAUAGUUAUUUAAUAUAAAAACAGAUUAAUGAAAAUAAUUUAGAUCUCUGGAUGGACAUUCAUAAUAAAAGAAGGGAAAACAAUACAAAAAAUUGCAUUCAUAAAAACUAUCAUCAAUGUGAACACUAUUAUCUCCAUAAAUACUAGUGUUGCAAUGAAUAGUACAUUCGGCCUCAAGCUGAAUACAGAAUAUUCGGCCAGGAGCACGGCCGAAUAGCCGAGUGUUCGGCCAAACUAUUUGGCCUGAUUAAUGCAUGUACGAAAAUUGGCAAGGAUCGUGCACUCUGCUCUCUGAUUGGCUCGCUGUCACCAAGCUUCGCCAUUCGCGUUUAUUCUUGACAGGGUAUUGUUUUGUGCAGGUUAUACCAUGCUCAAUUACACAAUGUAAACAGUUUUUUAGUUGUUUUAUUUUAAAUCAAUUUUUUUUAAAUGUUUGUGACUUUGGAACUGUAUGAUAAGUAAAAAAGUGUCUUCAGUUUGGAUUUACUUUGAAGAAAAUGACGAAGAUUCGCCUAAUGUACAGUGCAAAGUAUGUGCUACGAAAAUUUAUCUUGGAAGUCACGGGGGGAAAAGCUUUGAUGUCAGGUUUGAUAAAUCAUUUAAAAAACAAGCACAAGAAGGAGUAUCAAAAGAAAUAGAAAUCUAUCUAGACAAAAGAAAAUGCAGCGGAUGAUGACGUUUCCUGCUCAUGUUAGUCCAUAAAGCAAUUAAACCGUAUGACUGCCAAGAAAAAAACAAAAAGUGGGAAAUAUAAAUGACUAAGGCUGUGAAAUACCAUUAUCUCAUUGCCGAAAUGAUAGUAAUUAUUAAUGAAACAGUGAACAUGGUUGAAAUAUCUGGUUUUAAAGAUAUGCCAUACUGAGUAAAACAUAUUUUUCAGAAAAAAUAAUUCUGGAACUUUAUGAUACAGUAGUAACAAAGAUUAAAAGAAGCUUGAAGAGAUGGAUAAUAUAUCGGUCACUACCGACAUGUGGACGUGUGUGCAAAACUAUUUCAGUUUCCUCAGUUUCACUGCACACUGGCUUGAUAGUGAUUUUAACUUGAGACAUGCUGCACUUAAUGUAAAACACUUUGAAGAGCAACAUACAGCGCAAAAUAUAGCAAAUGCUCUGCAAGAUAUACCGAGCCGGUGGGAAUUCUCUUUAUCAAAAAUUCUAAUCAUUGUUCACGACAACAGGCACAAUAUUGUUAAGGCUGUCUGUCACUGAGGCUGAAAUGAAUUCUGCAUGUUGCUUCAUACAUACACUACAGUUAGUAAUCGAAGAUUCUCUCAAAAUUCAACCUGAGGUCGAAGCAACUUUUGCUGUGGAACAAAAAAUAGUAACCCACUUUAAUCAUUUGGGUAAUUACUGCACAAGAAAAACUGAAAAAAAAAUUCAGGGAAAGCUGGGAAUACCCAAGCAUAAUUUAAUACAAGAUAUAACAACACAUUGGAAUUCUACCUUUUAUGUAUUAGAAAGGCUUCUUGAACAAAAACUAGCCAUUUCCCUCCAUCUAACUGAUACAGCAAACAUAUCUAAUCUGACUGCAGAGCAGUGAGUGGGAGAUCAUAGACCAAUCACUGAAAUUAUUAAAGCCAUUUGAAGAGAUAACAAAAAUUACUAGCUCAAACUACUACUGCUUAUCUGAAAUUAUUUCCCAUGUUGUUAUUCUCAACCGCUAUUGCGACAAGGCCGUGCCUUCUGACCUUGCACUUAAAUUAAAGUCUAUGGCUAUCGUCAUGCAACACGGGAUGAAACAGCAUUUUUCACGAAUCGACAAUAAUAAAAACUACCUGACGAUAACUUUGUUAGAUUCAAGGUUUAAGACAAAUAUCUUCAUGAACAUACUGCAAAAAGAAAGAGCCCGGCAGUAUAUCUUGCUUGAAGGUUUAGUUUCAGAUUAUGAUACGAGCAGCGAUGAAACUGUGCGUUCUUCUCCCGUGCAGUCUAAACAUAAGACAAGCCUGGACAAAUUAUUUAUAUAUCUUUCUGGGAGUGCUAUGAUGAAGUAGUUGCUGAGAACUUUACCAAUGAUAGUGGAGCUUUGACUUCAAAGGACACCAUAACUGGUGACCUUGAUAAGUACUUGAGCAUGAAAACUUUGAAGAGAAACAACUAUCCAUUCGCCUGGUAGGCUACACAUAAGUCUAAAUUUUACCAAUGUUUAGUCAAACUGGCUGCUAAGUACUUAUCAGCUCCUGCAAGCAGGAGUUAUCUAUAGUGAAGCAGGAAAUGUAUACGAAAAAACGAGGAACAGACUUCUCCCCAAAAAUGCAGAAAAGUUGAUUUUCUGCAUCAUAACCUACCUCUUAUUAACUUCAGUUAUGUUAAAUAAUUUUGCACUCUGAAACAAAAUUUAAUUUUCAAGUUUAUAAUGAGGAAUGAUUUCAUAAAACCUCUUUACAGAUUAUUCAUUAUUAUAUUUUUCACAUUUUAUGACCAAGUUUCAAUCUGAUGUGCACACACAGUAAAAUUUUUCAUACAAAUUUUAACACUCUUUUUCACAACUUUAGGGGUUGAAUUUCGCAAAAUCCUUUCUUAGCACUUCUAAACUUUACAAAAAGAACACACCCUCAAAGUUUUAAGUUUCUAGCCCCCGUAGUUUUGGCUCUUUUUGAUUAUCCUAUCAGGACUUGUUAUUUUAUAUAUAGAUAACUAAACUACAUUGACGUCAGCCGGGGCUACGCCCCAUGAGCCUAGUCAGUCUCCGUUUCCUCAACAUUCCUCUCCCCUUCCCCGGCAUUUGUACCGCCAUGUACGUAGUCGUGUGUUUGAAUUGCGCGCCACGAACUACCACAAGAGGGCGCUUAGAAGCAGUGCGGCGAUCCCUAAAAUUGCUAUGUUAAUAUUAAUUGUAAGCCUUUUUGUUGUUUUCAUCCAUCUUCGCCACAGUGCUGUGUAGUUUACUUGUGUUUCUUUAAUUUAAAUAAGUUACCUUAAAUAACUAUAGACGUUGCCCGGGCGGACCCGAACAGGCACGGACUUGGACGAGGAUAGGAAUGCUUUUAUAUGAAUUAUCAUUAAAUAAGUAAAUAGUAACAAACUUUCCAUUGUCAGUAAUUUUUAUAUAUUUUUAAUGUUUAUCUGUAAUUUACUCAACUUUCGCCGGGGCACGGAGUCGUAGAAUACAGUAACGGUAAUUGUGUUGGCGCGAAGGGCGCCAUGUUGCCACCUGCGAGCGAUGAGCUCAGCCCAGUCCAUCUUCAUCACUGACCGAGAGCAGACGCGCCAGCACCCCGGGGACCUCAACCUUUGUUCAUCACUGACCAAGUAAUUUCUGUAUCGUUAAUUCUUUUUAAAUCGCUUUCGUUCGUCAUCCUCGGGGCAGCUCUCGGUCAGCGGGCUGUUUAAUUAAUUAAUUGUCUCAGUCGAGUUUUUUUCAUCACCGUGUAAUAAGUAUACUUUGCAGCAUGGCCACGUGUGUGGACCAUGCCCUCACCUAAACCGAUUCGUGCCUCAGGCUUUUUAACCGUGUAAUGUGUAACGUGUAACGGGCGUGUAGAGAGACGUGUUAGUGAAAUUAAAUCUGGAGAAUAAAUAUAAAGUGAGUACUUAUUUAAUCACGUGGUGAGUGAGUCUAGGAGUGUGGCGUGCCCGACGCCUAGAGCGGGCCAGGUCUGGGUAGCUAGGAUAGAAAGGGCUGGUAACUCGUCCCCACUUGGGCUACGUCACGCCCUGAGUGAGAGACUCCGCCGGGUCCACGUGCCCUUCCACGUGGUGGCGCCCAUAGUUAACAUCUCGAAAUCACCGGCAAUGCGCGAUCAGCCCUCAAAUGGCGCCCAAGAGCGUGGGGCGAGUUACAUCUUCCGCGAAAACCAGACCUGUACGAGCGUGUGAGAUAGGCGGUUGUUACGCGGAGCGCGCGGAACUAAAGUUCGCGCUGGAACUAUUGUUCGCGCGGAGCGCAU